AACGUCUUCUGCAGCGGCCGUAACCUGACCCGCCUGCCCGAGGACCUGCCCCCCAACGCCAAAGCCCUCUGGCUGGACGGCAACAACUUCACCCUGCUGCCCGCCGCCGCCUUCAGGAACCUCUCGGCCCUGGAUUUUCUGGACCUGCAGAGCAGCCAGCUGGCCAGCGUGGAGCAGCACGCCUUCCACGGGCUGAGGAGCCUCUACCACCUCCACCUCGAACGCAACCGCCUCAAGCACUUGGCUCCUCACACCUUCCUGCACACCCAGAACCUCGUCUCCCUCAGCCUCAACAACAACUACUUCAGCAAGGUGGAGGAAGGGCUCUUCGCCGGGCUCUCCAACCUCUGGUACCUCAACCUGGGUUGGAACUCCCUCGUGGUCCUGCCUGACAAAGUCUUCCACGACUUGCCCAACUUGAGGGAGCUGAUCUUGGCCGGGAACAAGCUCCCCUACCUCCAGCACCAGCUCUUCUGCAGCCUGACCGAGCUGAAGGAGCUGGACCUGAGCGGCAACGCGCUCAAGGGCAUCAAGAUCAACAUCUUUGUCAAGCUGCAGAAGCUGCAGAAGCUCUACCUGAACCACAACCAGAUCAACGCCAUCGCGCCCCGCGCCUUCAUGGGCAUGAAGUCCCUCAGGUGGUUGGAUCUCUCCCACAACCGCCUCGUCUCCCUCUUCGAGGACACGUUUUUGGGGCUCCUCAGCCUGCACGUCCUUCGCCUCUCCACCAACUCCAUCACCGGCCUGAGGCCCAGGACUUUCAAAGACCUCCAGUUCUUGGAGGAGCUGCAGUUGGGGCACAACCGCAUCCGGAGCUUGGCCGAAAGGACCUUCGAGGGGCUGGGCCAGCUGGAGGUCCUCAGCCUCAACAACAACCAGCUCCAGGACGUCAGGGUGGGGGCCUUCCUGGGGCUGUACAACGUGGCGGUGAUGCACUUGUCCGCCAACUGCGUCAAGGUCCUCCCUGACUACGUCUUCAAGGGGGUCACCAAGCUGCACAGCCUCCACCUGGAGCACAGCUGCCUCGGCAGGAUCCGGGCCAACACCUUCUCGGGCCUCUCCAGCCUGAGGAGGCUCUUCCUGCAGCACAACGUCAUCUCCACCGUCGAAGACCAAAGCUUCGGCGACCUCCACGAGCUCCUGGAACUCGACCUGAAGCACAACAGGCUGAACCACCUCUCGCCCCAGCUCUUCGUGGGUCUGGGCAACCUGGAGUAUCUCUUCCUCUCCUCCAACCAGCUCCUGGAGAUCUCCCGGGACGCCUUCGCCCCGCUCCAAAGACUCUUCUGGCUCGACCUCUCCCAUAACCAGCUGGAGAGGCUGGACAACGCCGUCAUCUCCCCCUUGGCCAACCUACGGUACCUCAGCCUGAGGAACAACUCUCUGGAGACCUUCUCGGUGGGUUUCCUGUGCUCCUCCUUCGCCCUGGAGCAGCUGUGGCUGGGGGGCAACAACUGGCACUGCAACUGCUCCCUGAAAGGCUUGAGGGACUUCUCCCUGCAGCACCCCGUGGUGGUGCCACGCUUCGUGCAGUCCGUGGCCGAGGGGGACGACGCCCACGUCCCCAUCUACACCUACAACAACCUCACCUGCCUCCACCCGCCGGCCGUGGCGGGGCUGGACCUCCGGGACACCUCCGAGGACAGCUUUGCUCACUGCUGA